UUCGCAUCUCUUCUCACUCUCGUCAGCCUCCUCUCUUGAGCCUCCUCUGCCUCUGGGAUCAGUUGCCGCACACGGUUCGACAUCCCAACUUCUUCGACUUUUGCUGGCGGUAGCUCGACUCGUGGCGCCAGCGAUAACGCUCAGCUCCGCAGACUUCCCGUCUGCCAUGGAGUACCAUUCACUUCACGAGCCGCCCGCCUCGGGAUCCAACCCAGUGCCCUCCGAUAGCUUCAGUACCCCCGCGACGGCGGGACCCUCACAGGAGCCUCAACCUCAACCUCAACCUCAACCUCAACCUCAACCUCCAAAGGGAACCGACAACGCCCUCAUUGUACCAACUGUCAACCAGUCGUCAUCCAGCACCGCGCCUGAUCCUUCUGAUGACAAGCCUACGGAGAUUGUCCGCUACAAUACCGCUACUGGGCGCAAAUACGUCUAUCCCGCGGCUACCGUUCCAAACCCGGCUAUCGCGCUGCAGCCGCUCACCACCGUUGACCCGGCACUGGGUGAGCUGGAGCGGCCGCACUUCGUGCCCAUCGACCUCGAUGCGCGCGUGGACAGAGCAAGUGUGUGGAUGAAGACGGUGCCGGGCACGGGCGAGGUGGUGUUCUUUAUUCCAGGAUCUUGCUCGGAAUGCCUCAAGUUGCAGCAGCAUUGCGAUCGCGCAUCGCCGACCUGCGGACGCUGCCGGAAGCGAGAGACAGCAUGCAAGCUCCAGGGGUUCAAACAUCUGCGUCCGUCGGCGCCGGUGCAAGACAGACGCGCUGAAAAGGGGAAGGGAAAGCAGACUGGGGAAGGCGAGAGCGGUGAUGAAGGGCGAGGCAAAAGAGUGAAGAAGAAGCGUCGCCUCAGCGCUUCCGACGAAGUGGACCCAAACACACUCAAUUUCGACGGUAGCGCCAUCCGCAAGGCGCGUGCGCGUCCUUCUAAGCGUCCUCCGUUGCCGUCGAGCAGCGCAGGAUAUGCCCGCCCUGAAGAUGUUGCUCCAACAUUUGCGGAUCAAGUUUACGCCCAUCUCGCGGGGCGAGUAUCCGCUGCGCUAGAGGAUCCCCGUGGAAUACCCCCAUUCUGGGCUGAGCGACGCCGCACGCUUCAGGAAGCACUGCCUUUCUUCCGCAAUCUUGUGGAGACCGAUGGCGCCGCAGUUGACAUUGGACCAAGCGGUGUUUCGCGCGGUAUCAUUCUGGACGGAAUGCCAAAUCAGUCCACGACAGAGCACUUUUUUGGCAGCGGAGAACGUGCAGGGACGAUCCUGACCAACAUUGGAAAGGUGAGGCGUCGACGCUGGUCAGUACACAGCUCCAAGGGGCCAAGUGUCACACCACCAGCACAGGAUACACCGAGCUCAGCAGACGACCUGACGCAUCCUCUGCAUGGAGCCCCGAACGGAAAUGGACGCGUCCUCGUCAAUGGGAAUGCUGCAUCCUCGACCCCUGGGCCCGAAGAAGAACGUGCCAUCGAGGCACUACUAAUGGCCCACCGCGCUGGAACACCGGUCGCUGUGGCGGUCACCCCGGCCUUUCCGAACAUACCGUGGAAGGUCACCAAAGCCGUUCUGGGUUUGGGAUGGUUCUGGAUCGUGGACGCGUGGACCGAACUCUCGCUGGUGCAGAAGCCCGAAAUCUCGGAGGGCGACAAGGACGUCGUUUGGCGGUUUCGCCUCGAGUGGUGCAGCAACCAGCCCGAGCCCUGGUGGACGCCUAGAAGUGCAGCCGCCCGCGUGGACCCGGACUUCGCCGAACGCGUCGCGAGCGACGCGGUCAUCGAGGUGCGCAAGACGGCUCCGACGCGCACAUUACGCGGCGCCGCCGAGGGUGAAGGAAACAAGUGCGGGACAUGUGGGCAGACCUCUUCCAAGGUGUAUGACGAGCCCGUAUGUCUCAACGAGGAGUGCGUGCGUAUGCGGAGGGAAUCCCAAUCUCGCACGCCAAUUACCACGCUGCCCGGAGGCGUUCUCAUUCCUCCUGAAACACCUGGGCGAACUUUCACGCGGCCGGCAUGCCCCCCAAGGGCCGACACGGUGCGCCACGACGCGCAGCGCGAGAUGUGGCACGGGUGGGUGUGCCCUCGUUGUCGGCUCGCCAACGAGCGACGCGACUGGACUGGCUUCAUCUGCGAGUGGUGUACGCACAUCGACCGACCACGGCGCUUGAUCUACGCUGCUGAAGCAUUGCGCGCACCACGCCCGGUCGCAACUGGAGCGCGGCAGGAAGAGGGCUUCGCGACCUGGGCUAUCGAAAGCCGCACCUCUGCGUUAUUCGAUGACGAGGUCAAGGCUGCCCGCUGGCAGCUGUCGUGGGUUGAGAUGGUGCACAUCAUGGGGCAUGAAGGCGUCUGCCUUAUCCCCAACAGCGUCCUCAAGGGGCUGCAGAUACAGGGGCGUGACGAAGUGCCAUUCCGCCGACACGCGUUGCCCGCGACCUCAUCGCGACCCUCCGAGCUCCUCAUCAGCCCCUUUUACACGUUUUUGGCGGGGCCGGACAGUGUUCCACUUAUCCCGCACCUCCCGACUUCGACGGCGAUCAAGUGGUCGGACGCCCCGAAAGUCACACUCGACGCGAUGGAUCUAAUCAACGAGCGCGCUGGGAGGAUACACCCCGGCGAGGCAGAGUUCAACUCGCUGCUUCUCGCGGCACUGCCGCCACCCCCUGCCCAGUCGCCUACUAUCUCCCUCUCCUUGUACUCGACCACGGCGCUCCUCAUCCUCGGCGCAGAUGCGGUGGUGCAUGUCCGCCGUUCCCGCCGUCGCGCUGGCGAGAUCACGGCGCAGCAUGGCGACGUGAUUCUUUUCCAGGUCGGCCCGGAGGCGGUUGAGAUCGAGGUCCGCACCGACGGUUUCGGGUUUGUCGGUAUCGCAAGGCGCGCGCACGAGGUCCCGCCAACGGAGAUCCCCGCCGGCCCGCUCGCGAGCUGGUACAUGGGCCCGUGGCCGCUGGACCGCUCCGCGCCGUUGCGACCGCAUCCGGCGUUCGCUGGCGACGCAACUCCCAGCGCCUCUAGAGACGGAGAGGACACGGAUGUGGACGAAGGAGCAAAGGAGAAGGUAGCCGCUGCGGAGGACACGUUCGACGUUGCCAAAAUCCUCGCUUCGCCUCGAUUUCGCGGCGUCGAGCUCUGCGCGCCCCACUCGCCGCCGACGGUUUUGAGCGCGCCAGAACAUGCGCCCGUGCCGAGUGUCAAGGCUGUGCGGAAGACGUCUGUGCGCGGGCGCGGCCGGGGACGGGGACGUGGACGGGGAGGGGGACGCCCGAGGGGCCGCGGGCGAGGCCGCGGUGGCGGUUCGCGCGGGAGCACAGGCACACCGAUGGACGAGGACGAGGGCGAGGAGGAGCUAGACGACUUCGACGACGAGUCGAACUAGCCUUUGUCAUUAGCUGCUGAUGCAUGACGGUAGAUGCAGCGGGCGCGCGAGGGUUGGGUGCCUA